AUGAAGCUCUCGAAAAUAAUUGUAGCACUCUGCUUGCUGCAAGGCUAUCACAGUAUGGAGCGAGUUGAUGAGGCUGCUCAUACCCAGAGGGUUGCUGAGCAGUUGAUCCCAGGCACCGCGUCAAAAGCCGGCAAAGCGGACCAAGUCGGACCGGCGGUUCGUCGAAAAUCUCAAGAAGUUUCUACCCCUGGCCCUCAACUAGUUUCUAGUUCGAACGGUGACCACGCCGUAAUAAAUGCCAUCGACGAUAGUUCCGAUUUGCGCCCUUCGGACUUGGAGUCGAAAGGUCCUAAAGCCGAUAUCACAGCCGCUACAAGCAACCACGAUCAGACAAUAACUCAUGUGAGCGGCGCGGACCAAGAAAUUGGAGGCAGGUUGGCCAAACAUUCAAAUUCCUGA